ACUUUGUCUGUCUGUCUCAUUUUGUUAUUGUAGAUUAAUUUUUAAUAUAUAAUGCCGUACUUAUUAGGUUCGCAUGCAAUCCGAAGAACACGCAAAUACCUAGAGCAAGGCAAACUAAUAUUUCGAAAAAAUGUACAAAUAAUGACUGUACAUUACAAUGAGAAAGACAUUUAUCAUCAAGGAGCUAAAUAUUUUGUAUAUUGGAAUUUGUGUCAAGUGCAAUAUAAAAAUCCAAAUGUCCAAGUUGUUUUCUAUAGAAACAUGUUUCCAACAUCAUUUGUCAGGUGUUGGUUAGAUACUGGUGAAGAUGUGCUUAUGGAUGUAUUUGGCAAAAGUAAUUUGGAAAUUCUCAACCAUCUAAUAAAAAUUUUAGGCCAACCAGUCUCUAGCAAAGCAGAAGAGAGGAAAGACACUAUAGAAAAGGAUACAGAGAUUGCAAAAUUUGGAAGUGGUUAUAAGAGGCAUUGCAUAUGUGAAAUACCUGGGCAAGUUCCAUGUCCAGCUGUUAUACCUUUACCAAAGCAUAUGACUGGCAAGUACAAAUCUGAACAUAAUUUAUGGCCAUUAAAGGGAACGACUUCUGCAUAGAUAAUCAUUUCCUUUGAACUUUCUCUAUCAUUGUGUCAUUUGAAGAUCAAAAUGUACUGCAUUGUGACUGAACUGUUAGAUUAUAAAUAUAAUUCUCAUAAAUUCUUGUUUA